UUCUGGUAUACCACAGAAUACUUGGUAGUGAAUUUAAUGGCAGGGAUAGGUGCAUGUUUAAUCGCUCUUUUAGAAAUACGCCAGUGAUAUCAUAAAAACCAGGGUUUUUCUGUGCAUCAUGAUUCAUAAAGACAAAGUGUUGCUGUCGGUAAAUCGAUACAUUGCUAGACCUAAUUAAAAAUCAGAGAACGUGACGUGGCCAUAUUUGCCGGUGUGCAGUACAGACUGAACUGUCCCGACUCGAGCUAGCUACCAAGUGCUAGCUAAUAUCCGGAAGCAAAUAUGUAUAGCUAGGUAGCAUUGAUUAGGGUACGACAAAAUUUCGUGAACUUUAUGUGUGCGAUCUCUGACUAAAUUAUCUGAUUGGUCGUCGGGUAAAUUAAACUGAUGUAUUACGUAUUUUGCCGUGUACUGACCUGCUGGUGUUUGUAAACACGUAAGCUAACAUUAGCAGGCUGCUAGCUUGCUUUCCAGUCAACCAGGUAGCUAGCUAGCUUGUAGCUAAUAUGGAUUAAGUAAAAAUUGUUCCUUGGUUGCUGGAUGCGAAUUUGUCAGGUAUGGAUGAAAAAUACAGCAGCAAUGUAAUUUCCAGUGGGAAGUUGGGACCAGUUGAAGUUCCGAAUGCCAGGCUCACCAGGUACAUAGUAUUAUUGUGUGUCACCAAGCUCUUGAAGGCUCUAGGAAUCUUCGAGUCCUAUGACCUACUCAAAGUGGUUCACAUCGUUCAGUUCAUCUUCAUACUUAAAUUGGGGUGUUCAUUGUUCUUGGUUUUCUUCCAAAAGCCAUUCUCCUCUGGAAAAGUUAUUACAAAGCGUCAGUGGGUCCGGAUCCUCAAGCAUGCCGUAAUCAGCUGUGUAAUAUCACUCCUGGGAUUCUUCGGUCUCACGCUCUGUGGGCCUUUACGGACGCUGCUGCUGUUUGAACACAGUGACUUGGUGGUCAUCUCCUUCCUCAGUGUUCUUUUCACAAGCUCUGGAGGUGGGCCCUCCAAGACGAGAGGAGCUGCUUUCUUCAUUAUUGCUGUGAUCUGUCUUCUGCUCUUCGAUAAUGAUGACCUCAUGGCAAAGAUGGCAGAGCACCCUGAAGGACACCAUGACAGUGCCCUCACUCACGCCCUCUACACAGCCAUCGCGUUUUUGGGCGUGGCUGACCACAAGGGUGGGGUUGUCUUGCUGGUGGCCUCUCUCUGUUUAAAAGUGGGCUUCAACACAGUGUCCAGGAAGCUGUCUGUGGAGAUUGGGGGAGCCAAGCGCCUCUAUGCCCUGUCUAACCUGGCCUCCACUGUGGUCCUGCUGCCCUGGGUCAUCGUUCUUUCUGCCACCACAGAGAGCAAGGUGGAGUCCUGGUCAUCUCUGGUCAUGCCGUUUGGCAUGAUCGUGUUCUCUGUGAUGAUUCUGGACUUCUACGUGGAGUCCAUCUGCGUCACCAAGAUGGAGGCGCCCAGGUGCGCCAGCUAUGGCUCGCUCUUCCUGUUCCUCAGCGGACUGCUGCUGGCCAACUUCUGGACCCACCCGCUGACCGACCAGCUCCGCGCCGUCAGCAGCCCCGCCCAGCACGACAGCACCGAGCACGUGCUCUCCGGAGGGGUGGUGGUCAGCGCCAUCUUCUUCAUCCUGUCUGACAGUAUUUUGUCCUCCCCGUCUAAGAAGGGCCAGAAGGGGACUCUGGUGGGGUACUCUCCUGAAGGGACACCGCUCUAUAACUUCAUGGGAGACGCUCUGCAGCACACCUCCCACUCCCUGCCCCGCUUCAUUAAAGACUCCCUCAAACAGAUUCUGGAGGAGCAUGACUCACGCCACAUCUUCUACUUUCUCUGCCUCAACCUGGCGUUCACAUUUGUGGAACUGUUCUAUGGGGUUUGGACCAACAGCCUGGGUCUGAUCUCGGACGGAUUCCACAUGCUUUUCGACUGCUCAGCCCUGGUCCUGGGGCUGUUCGCCGCCCUGAUGACUCGCUGGAAAGCCACGCGGAUCUACUCUUACGGAUAUGGCCGUGUUGAGAUUCUCUCUGGAUUCAUCAAUGGCCUCUUCCUCAUGGUCAUAGCUUUCUUUGUCUUCAUGGAGUCCGUCACUCGACUUGUAGAUCCACCCAACAUUAAUACAGACAUGCUAACUCCCGUCUCAGUCGGGGGCCUCAUCGUCAACCUGGUGGGCAUCUGCGCCUUCAGCCACGCCCACUCGCACGGCGCGUCCAAGGGGAGCUGCUCGUCACAUGACCACGGCCACUCCCACCACGGACAUAGUGACCACGGCCACGGGGGACACGGGCACGGGGGACACGGGCACAGCCACGGCGGACAUGGCCACGCCCACGGCGGGCACGGCCACGCCCACAGUCACGGGCACUCCCACGGCUCGACGGGGGGUGGCAUGAACGCUAACAUGAGAGGUGUCUUCCUGCACGUCCUGGCCGACACCCUGGGCAGUGUGGGGGUCAUCAUAUCCACCAUCCUCAUCAGGCAGUUUGGGUGGCUGAUUGCAGACCCCAUCUGCUCCCUGUUCAUCGCUGUGCUGAUAUUCCUCAGCGUCAUCCCUCUGCUGAAGGACGCCUGCGAGGUCCUCCUCCUGCGGAUUCCCCCCGAGCACGAGAAGGACCUCAACACUGCGCUGGAGAAGAUCCAGAAAAUUGAGGGUGUGCUGUCUUACCGUGACCCCCAUUUCUGGAGGCACUCUGCUAGUGUCAUAGCAGGAACCAUUCACCUGCAGCUGAUGUCUGAUGUUGUGGAGCAGAGAAUCAUACAGCAGGCAAGCUCUCUCAUACACUCACCCAGCACUUUAUUAGGAAUAUUUGUACUUUAUUACUCCUACUUAUUCAUACGAUUAUCUUAUCAGCCAAUUGUGUGGCAGCAGUGCAAUGCAUACAUUCAUGUAGAUAUGGGUCAGGAGCUUCAGUUAAUGUUCACAUCAACCAUCAGAAUGGGGGGGGGAAAUGUGAUCUAAGUGACUUUGACCGUGGAAUGAUUGUUGGUGGCAGAGAGGUGGUUUGAGUAUCUCAGAAACUGCUGAUCUCCUGGGAUUUUCACACACACUAGUCUCUAGAGUUUGCAAAGAAUGGUGCAAAAAACCGAAAUAAAUCCAGUGAGCAGCUGUUUUGCAGACAGAAACGCCUUGUUAAUGAGAGGUUUGAGCAUAAGGGCCAGACUGAUUAAAGCUGACAGGAAGGUGACAGUAACACAGCCACGUAUUACAACAGUGGUAUGCGGAAGAGCAUCACUGAACACAUAAUGCAUCAAAACCUUUAAGUGGAUAGGCUACUGCAGCAGAAGACCAAUAAGUGCUCAAUAACACUAUGUUCUGCCCAUUUGUAAUGUAUGGAACCCUGUUUUGCGAGACGCAUUUUCAACAAGGGACAAUACAUUUAUAUCUCAGAGUUGUUUUUUUUUAUCUCAAUCCUGGCAGGUCUUGUAACAGAAACAUUGUAAGAAGAGGGACUGGGACAGGCAAAUUGUUCUGUUCACUAAUUAACUGUGACAUUUUUAUUUUCAGUAGCAGUGUUUAGAUGAAUUAGGGUCAAAUUUUUUAUGAAAAUUGGCACAAGCUAAGUGUUAUUGAAAGCUUUUCUGAUCACUUCGGAUUUCCCCCCUCUUAGGUGACCGCAGUGCUUAAAGAUGCAGGAGUGAACAAUCUCUCUGUCCAGGUUGAAAAGGAAGCCUACUUUCAGCACAUGUCUGGCCUCAGUACUGGAUUCCAUGAAGUUCUCGCUAUGACCAAGCAGAUGGAAUCCAUGAAGUACCUGAAAGACGGGACUUGUAUCAUGUGAAUGGUUUCUGUGGGAACAAAUGAACCGUAAUGCAUAGGAAUAAAUGAAAAAAAUACAUAAAUAUUGGGAUCUUAUAUUCCCAUUUUAAAAUAUUUUUGCAUAUUGAUGUAUAAAUAUACUUGCAUAUUUUGUAAUUUGAAUGAACCUUCUGGGUGCUGUUUCGCUCUAAACAGGAGUGAAGGAAGUUAUUUAAAUGGAAAUAUUACAUUGUUAUUGGAGAGGUUUUGCUUGAUAUGGGCCAACCCUACUUAUGUGAACAGGCAUUAAAUGUUCAUACAUCAUGUGCGGUGUUUUCAUAUUCAGUCAUUGCACUACUUGGAUAAUUUCACACCAACGUGUUUUUACCCCAAUUGAUUUAGGCUCUAUUGGGUUACCUGCUGAUAUUUCUGAUUACCAAAUGAAUAUCCCUUUGUUACAUUCUGCAUUAAUAAAGACUGAGUGAAUGUA